UAACCUACUUCCUCCGCAAGUUUCUUUAAAUACCAUCCUCCAAACCUAAUAUCGUCGGCGCCCUCAUCACAUGACCACCGUCGUGGACGGCGGAGACGACGACGAAGAGAUCAAUCCGGUGACAAUGCUACUGCUAGGUGAUGAUGAUGAUGCUCUACAUAAAUCGGAAGCCGUUCCUACAUCGGUUCAACACCAAAGCUACCACCUUACGUCCGUCGAUUCCACCAUCGUAAUCCGGCAACUUCCGUCCCAAGGCCUCUCCUUCCAGCUCUGGCCGGCCGCCACCACUUUCGUCAACCUCCUCGACUGCUACAAGGCCUCUAAUACCGAUCCGUUAUCCACCGUUAUAACGAAUGUCAAAAGCCGUUCACGACUCCGCAUUCUGGAGCUAGGAUCCGGAACCGGCGUCGUUGGAAUCGCCGCCUCCGCCGUAUUAGGCGCUGACGUCACUGUGACGGACCUCCCUCACGUGCUGCCAAAUCUGAAAUUCAACGUCGACGCCAACUCCGUAGUAUUAGCCCCACGCGGCGGUCAAGUCCGCGUGGGGGCGCUGAGUUGGGGAAACAAAGAGGAAAUGGAAGCGAUUGGUCGGGAAUACGACUUGAUUAUCGGUUCAGACGUAGUAUAUCAUGAUAAUCUGUAUGAUCCUUUGCUUGAGACGUUAAGAUAUCUGUUUUUGGAUGGUGAGAAGGUGUUUUUGAUGGCUCAUUUGAGGCGGUGGAAGAAGGAAUCUGGAUUCUUCAAGAAAGCAAAGAAGUAUUUUCAGGUUGAAUUGAUCCAUGAAGAUGGUCCUUCAACUGCAUCGAGGACUGGUGUCGUUGUCUAUCGUUUUGCAAGGAAAGAUGCUGUUUUCAGAUGAUAUCCUUUUUAUUUCCUUUUAUGGAAAGAAAAUUUUGUGCAAUUCUCCUCCUCCUCGAUCUCUCUUUCCCUCAUGGAUCCAUCUAAUAAUACAUUCGAAUGCAA